CUCCUUUUAAGGGAGUUUUAUAGCCGAGAAUUACAAAGUUAAACGUGCUUGCACGGGAGUAGUGUUGGGAUGGGUGACCCCCUCAGAAGUUUCUUAGGGCACGCACAAGUGAGUACAACUAUGAAAUGUUAUUAUGUAAAAAUGUAUAGGGUCUCUGUAGAUAACUAUUCAAAUCAACACUCGUUAUCUCCAAUUUGUGAUUAAAAUCCAAUUUGAAGCAUUUAUCAUCUUUUUUUAAAAAAUAACUACUCGCUGUAUAGGAAAAAGACAACUCCUUGUUUGAUUUGCGCUUCAGCGGCUUAUAACUACUCCGUACAAAAGCUAUCAACUAAACAUACAAUAAUACGUAGUAGGAAAUUAGUUAUUCCGUAAACCACGCGACUUUGUUUCGACCAUUUAACAAUAACAUAAAUAAAUUGUACUCCCUUCCUCCCAAUUUACUUUGACCAAUUAAAAAUUUAAAAAUAUAUUUAAACUAAUUAUUUAAAUUAAUAUAUUUAUGCUAAAUUUAUAAAGUUUAUACUUUUUGAUAGUAUUUUUAACAAAUAAUAUUUUGAUAUUAUUUUCAUAUUAUUAAUACUUUCUUCAUAUAAAUAUAUAGUGAAAAUUGGGUAAGGAAAAUGAGACAAUGGAGUACUAGUGAAACGUUUAAAAAGACACGAUGUCUUCUAUCGAUAACACAUCAGUUGAUUGGUUUUGCACUUUUGCCUUCGCACGUCUAUCCAAUCUUAGGCAUCUUCUCUUUGGAGAUAAUCAGAGGAUAAGACCAAGUAUUAGGCCACAUUUAUUUACACAGGACCACCAAAUGGAUCAGCUCAAACCAAGUCAAGCAAACUCAUGCCCGCUCACGCCUCUCACCUUCUUGGACAGAACCGCCACCAUCUACGGCGACACCACCUCCGUCGUCUACAACGACACCUCCUACACCUGGUCCGCCACCCACCUCCGCUGUCUCCGCCUCGCCUCCUCCAUCGCCGCCCUCGGGGUUCAGAGAGGUCAGGUCGUUUCUGUUCUCGCACCCAAUAUCCCCGCAAUGUACGAGCUCAACUUCGCCGUCCCCAUGGCCGGAGCCGUCCUCAACUCUGUCAAUCUCCGACUGGACGCCCGAACAGUGUCGGUCCUCCUCCGCCACUGUGAGUCAAAGCUGGUCUUCGUUGACUGCCUAUCCACUUCUCUCCUCCUCGAAGCUCUGUCCCUGUUUCCGCCGGAAUCGCCGCGCCCUCUGUUGGUCCUCAUCACGGACCCCGAGUUUCCGGCGAUUGGCCGCCGGGAAGAAUUCGUUGAUACUUAUGAGGGUAUGAUCGAAACAGGGGAUCCGGGAUUCAAUUGGGUUCGACCUCAGAGUGAAUGGGAUCCGAUCGUUCUUAAUUACACUUCCGGCACCACGUCGGCUCCGAAGGGGGUGGUCCAUAGUCACCGGGGAGCCUUCAUCAUGACGGUUGAUUCGCUGCACCAGUGGGCGGUGCCGAAAGAGCCGGUGUACCUCUGGACGCUUGCCAUGUUCCACGCCAACGGCUGGAGCAACACGUGGGGGAUGGCGGCCGUGGGGGCAACCAACGUCUGCCUACGGAAAUUCGAUGCCGCCACGAUUUACGCCUCAAUCCGUAAGCACAACGUGACGCACAUGUGUGGCGCGCCGGUGGUGCUCAACAUGCUAUCCAAUUCGCCCGAAAAAAACCCGCUGCCCCACCCCGUUCACAUCAUGACCGCCGGAGCGCCGCCUCCGGCGGCCGUGCUUUUGAGAACCGAGUCCCUCGGGUUCAUCGUCAGCCACGGGUACGGGUUGACCGAAACCGGGGGCUUGGUUGUCUCAUGCACGUGGAAGAAGAAAUGGAACAACUUUCCCACCGAAGAAAGAGCAAAGCUAAAAGCAAGACAAGGGGUGAGGACCAUCGGAAUGACGGAAGUAGAUGUAGUGGACUCGUCCUCGGGCAAAAGCGUUAGGCGGGACGGGAAGACCCUCGGGGAAGUUGUGUUCCGAGGUGGCGCUAUCAUGCUCGGCUACCUUAAAGACCCCGAGGGUACCUCCAAAUGUAUGAAACGGGACGGGUGGUUCUACACGGGGGACGUCGGGGUGAUGCACUUCGAUGGGUAUUUGGAAAUCAAAGAUCGAUCGAAGGACGUGAUCAUAAGCGGGGGCGAGAAUCUGAGCAGCGUGGAGGUGGAAUCGGUGUUGUAUUCGCACCCGGCAGUGAAUGAGGCAGCGGUGGUGGCUCGGCCCGAUGCGUUUUGGGGUGAGACGCCUUGUGCUUUUUUGAGCUUCAAAGCGGGGGUAAAGGAGAAGCCGACUGAGAAAGAAAUCAUCUCUUUCUGCAGAGAAAGAAUGCCACAUUACAUGGUCCCAAAAACGGUGGUGUUUCAGGAUGAUCUUCCUAAGACGUCUACAGGAAAGGUUCAAAAGUUUGUGCUGAGAGAGAUGGCUAAAGCCAUGGGGACGUCCAAGUCUAGAUUAUAAAUGAACAGAGCGAGCCUGGGGGAAUUGCACUAUCAUGUUUAAUCACUGUUUCACAAUAUAUCCAAAUAUCAUCAUGCACGCCAUUUGACUACAUUCAUUUGGCUGUGUAAUUUGAUUCGAUUCAUUUGCACUAGUUUCUCUGAUCAAUUUUCUUUUAAUCAACCCUGUAACUACUGGCCGGUGUUGAUGAAUUUAAUACACGUGAGUAUUUAAUUGUUCCAUGAUAGCACCAUUUUCUAAUUGUAAAAUGAACUAAAUAGCUCCUAUUACUCGAGCCCGAUUGGUGAAGUUGUUUUUCGGUUUAUCAGGUUUAUCAAUCAUCUUUUUAAAUAAACAUGUAACUUUUGAUUUCA